AUGAAGUGCGAUGUCGACAUCAGGAAGGACUUGUACUCCAACAUCGUUAUCUCAGGCGGCACAACCAUGUACAAAGGCUUGCCUGAAAGGAUGCAGAAGGAGAUCACCAACAUGGCUCCUCCUACAAUGAAGGUCAAGACUGUCGCUCCAGAGGAGCGUCAGUACUCCGUGUUUGUUGGCGCAGCGAUCCUCGCUUCCUUGACCACGUUCCAACAAAUGUGGAUCAGCAUAGAUGAGUACAAGGACAGCGGGAAAGCCGUGGUACAUCGGAAGUGCUUCUGA